CCCGUCACCUCCAUAAACGCGAGAAGACUGCUGAGAUCCAUCGAUUCAGUCGACAGUACGGACAACGAAGAGCGAGUUAGAGUCCUUGGCCUCUCGAAGCGCGUAGAGCUCGCGUCGAAGGUCAACAGCCAAGCUGCUCAAAAACUGGCGAGGAAGAUGUGGCUGUCGACCCGCGAGCCUCCAGACACUGUCUUCGUCAAGCUCAUCAGGAAAUCGAGGACGGACCUCGAAUCAAACCCCAAGUUGGUGGAGUGGCUCCGGUUCACGGAAGCGUACAAGAAGCAGACGUCGCCGCCGUUCACCGACAAGAAAAUCCUCGCGAUACUGGAGAAGAAAAUG